UCGAAGCAUUAAUUUUUUAAUUGAUCAUCAAUUCAUAAAAUUCUCUGUUCCGAUUGUCAAUUAAACGCUUCGCAGCAUUUGUAGCGCGAAAUGGACCGCAGCCUUAAUUAUAAGUGGGCUUAAGAUUCCAUUCGGCCAAUGAAAUCGCUUCUCGAGAUGACAUUUAGAGACUAGGCUGUAUGAACCGAUUUAAGUGUAAGAUGCACUACGCGCACAGCUGACAGCGUGUCUAACCUCACUCCUAACUCCUAGUCUCUACAAAGAACGUAAACAUUGCAGGAAAAUAUUAAAGUGUACGAUAAAGAGACAUGCGCAUCGAGUCAAUUUUAGUCAAUUUGGCGAAAUUGAUUUUCGUGAGAAGACACGACGACGUGCCACUAACGAUGAGAUGAAGAAGGGAAGAAGCGAGUCAUCGUUUACGUAAAAUAUGGAGCAAUUGCGUUCCUCGAACAGAGCGGUCGACAUGUCCGAGCCGAUCCUGGCGGAGGACAGCACGUUUUCUACAAUAGCGUUAUCGCUGCGGGCGGUGUUGGAACAAUUGGACGAAGGUGUCAGUCACCACGACUACCUCGUUGCGCUGCUGCUCGUUCUGUCGGCGGAAUCCGGCUUUGGCAUUUCGUCCGUUUUUGACACUCCGAAAUGGGAGCAAAAUACAAGAUUAGUUCGUAUACCCACAAAUUGGAAGUCGCAAGAGACAGGUGUAUACGAGAUAUAUUUGACGUUGCGUAAUGUAAAUAACGUUAGGUCGAAAUUAAUCGCGAUAACUCACGGCGAUAAAUUGGUACUCAAUAUUCUGUCAUGCGUAGGAGACAAGACGAUUCGUAGUAUGGUCAUACAGACGUUGAGAUAUGUGAAUCCGUACACAAGCAAUUGGUGUCUUCGAUAUAUGAAUCUCAAAGAGAUAUCGCACAGGUUUAAGGAUGAUCUAGUCACGCCUUUGCGCGCAAACAUAUUGUUAGCGUUGAAUUCGAUGGGUCCUAGUUUAGAGAGCUUGCCGAUAGAAUUACAUAGGAAAAUCGCAGAUAUGCUGCCUCCGAAAGAUAUCGUACAUUUUUUAUUAUGCUCUAAGAGACUUUAUGCAUCCAUUUCAAAAAAUUAUGUUGAUAAAUAAGAAAUUUGUGUAUGACUUAAAAUAUGAAUAAAAAGGCUGUGCAGUUUCUAUUGA